AUGAAGUGGAUGACCGUGUAUCUGAUUCUUCUCGCCGCGUCGGCGACGGCCCUUCAAAUGACCAACGACGAGCGCAACGCCCUACUGAAGGAGCUCGCGGCAUGGAAGGCGAGCGCGGCGGGGCUGCGCGCGGCCGCCCACCACCUCCUGCCUCCGUCACCGCUACUCCAAAGCCUUAGCAGUGACCAGCAACUCGAUGUCGAGCUCGCGCGCUUUGCAGCCACCAAGAAGAUCGUCGCAGCACUCAACGCCGCGCACCCGCACGCGACGUUUUCGACCGACAACCGAUUCGCGCUCUUGACGUCUGAAGAGUUUCGUACGUACGCCCAAGGCGCACUGCCCAAGCAAAUACUGACGCGGCAGCUGCGCGACGAGCUCACGUCGGCGCAGUUGGCGGCCACCAGCGUUGACUGGACGACCACCCAGUGCAUGCCUGCAGUCCGCGACCAAGGGCAGUGCGGUAGCUGCUGGGCCAUCUCGGCCACCGGCGCCGCCGAGAUGGCGCACUGCCUCGCCACAGGCAAGCUCCUCAACCUAGCCGAGCAGCAGCUUGUGAGCUGCGCUAAUAACGCAGGCUAUGGUUGCAACGGCGGCUGGCCCAGCCAAGCGCUCGACUACAUCGCGACGACCGGUCUCUGCUCGUCGAGCGAGUUUCCGUACACAGCGUCCGAUGCCAGCUGCAACACAACCUGUAGCAAGACCAAGCUACAGAUCGGCGCGACCGUCAAUAUCCAAGGCGAGCGCGCGCUCCAGGCCGCGAUCGACAUGCAGCCCGUCGUUGUGACAGUCGAAGCCGGCAACGACGUCUGGCGCAAUUACAAGAGCGGCGUCGUGACGCAGUGCCCCGGGGCAGCGUCCGACCACGCCGUCGUGGCCGUCGGGUACGGCAGUAGCAACGGCACGGCAUAUUACAAAAUUCGCAACUCGUGGGGAGAAUACUGGGGCGACCACGGCUACAUCUACCUCCAGCGCGGCGUCGGUGGCAAGGGCAUGUGCAACGUCGCCGACCAGUGCUCGUACCCGACCAUGGUUGCCGGUAAACCGACGACGACACCGACGACGACGACGACACCGACCGUCGCCCCCACCUACACACCGACGCACACGGCGACACCAACGAUUCAUCCCACCACCGCACCGAGCAAUCCGGUGGUGGCUCCGACAACUGCACCGACCGACACGCCUCGGGACAAGCCCACGGCGCCGCCGGCACCGACACCGCGCCUGACGACUAUGCACCCUCCCGCCAAGCACCCGCACACCAAACGCGGGCACAGUCACACCUCACAUCCGUCAACAUAUUAA